AUGUCCUCUGACUCUUCUUCUCAUACAACACCAGCAACAGCUAUGGGCUGGAACUCAGAGUCGUCCUCAACACUCAAAGGGACGUCCUUUAUGGAAGAAUUAUUACAAUCGGCUACUACAACCAAGCCGGUCACGUUGAAAAUUGUAAUGCUUUUUGUGACCUUGUCCUUGUUCUUUUGUACGGUGAUGGUUCUGGUUUCGAGUGGUGUGUUUGUGAAUAAGUGUCAAUUGCCACCAGAGCUUGCCAAUAAGGAUGCUUCGAAUGCUGCUGGACAUUCACAUACAUCGCAAGGUGCUCUUCCAUCGUAUGUGACCAGAGAAACCAUGUCUAAAAGACUUUCUGUGGAAAUUGAUUCAGAGAUGAAUCGUCGAAGAAAUAGGAAAAACAAGAAAGCCGUUGCAUCCUCAUCAUGGAAUACACCACAAAACUCCCAAUCAAAGAAGAAGGCAGGAAUUGAAACGAAGGAGGAAAAACUCAAGUCAGAAACAAAACUCUUGUUGGGUCACCAUCGAUGCAAUCGGUAUGGUAAAGUAGCUGGAAUGCCAAUCAUGGUACCAAAAGGAGGUCCUUACAUUUACACACCUCAAGAUACGGUUAUGGCCACUUGUCAUAUCAAUAACUUGUGCAUGACAUCAACAGGAGAAUUCGUCUUGUUCCAGUCUUCAGAUCGACUUGCCGGCGAGGUUAUGUUUGAAAAAUUGAAUUCAAAGCCAUGGGUGUGGGUGCAAGGAUCGACCAUCAUGACCGAUCGUGGAAACUUUUUCAUCAAAUUGGUCGAUGGAGAUUUGGUGUUUAAAUAUUCAACAAAGAAGGACAAAACAAAGGUGUAUGAACGUGCCUUUGUAAGAAAAUCCAUUCGAAAUACCACAACCAACGCUGUUAAGGAAGAGUAUGAACCUAUUGCAUUUGCUGAGAAUUUCACAAUCUAUGACAAACCAUUGUAUGCUUUGAAGAGAUUUGCAUCAGGAAAUGUCGGUCACGUCAUGUCAGAGGCUCUCGGAAUGAUUACGGGUCUGAUGAUGAAUUUCAAUCCUGAUGGACCAUGGGAGGAUAAUCACAUUUUGUAUUUGGAUGAUGUUUUUGACAUGUCUGGCAACAAUUGGAUGGGUGCCUAUGAAUAUGAUCCAAGACAUGCCACUCGAUAUUCUAUUCAAGGUGGGCAUCUGAUUAGCAAAAAUCCAAUUCUUCAGCGGUGUCAUCAGAAUGGAGCUUGGAAAAUUCUUCCUGCUCCUUGCACUAAUAAUUUUGAAAAGGGCAUGCCCACAGAAGGACCUGUCACUCUUCAAGCAUGUUUCACAAACUUUUAUGCCGGUCACACAAUUUCGAAUGUGGUUUCACAUCCCUAUGGAAAAGAAAGUCUCUAUAUGAAUCUCAAAGGACUUGUAUACAAGAAUUUGGGUAUUCUUCCUUUUGAUAAGCAAUACAGCACAGAGCAGGAAAAGGAGGAAAGAAUGAAGAAAUUCUUACUCGAGAAGGAUGUUAUUAUUGCCAUGAAUCGAAAGCUUCCUUCAGGUCGUCACGGACAAGCCAUUCACAAUGUCGAUGAAGUCAUUGAAUAUCUAAAGCAGAAUGUUGAAAAAGAUCCAUUCAUUCAAAAACUCACAAACACUUUCAAGAAGAAAUUAAUUAUCGAUCCUUUGAUUUUAUCUGACUUCCAAACAAUUAAGGAUCAAAUUCAUUACUUUUCAAAUGUGGACGUUUACAUUUCCGAUCCAGGAAGUGCUGCCUAUUAUGCCAUGUUUUUCAGAGAUGACACUUCACUCUUCCUUCCACCAACUUGCCAUAUCAAAGAAAAUGGAUUGAAAUGCCAACACUCUCAUGGUAUUAAGGUGUUGCAGGCUUUCCCCAACGUUGAAAUUGUGGAUAUUAUGGAAAUUAAUGGAGGACCCAUUCCUUGUAAUUUGAGGCCAACAGUCUUGUUCCCAGAUAAUUGUGAUGUGAUCCUACCAAAAGAGCUAGUGCUUAAUUCUGUCUUGCGAGCAGUCAAACGAAGAUAUCGAGAAUUGUUGACACUUGAAGAUACCUUCAUGUAA